AGACAUAAGUCAUGUUGGGCUGGAACGAGGAAGUGCAGUGGAGAGGGGAGGGACUCCGGGCGCAGCUCCAUGGGGCCGCCGCGGCGCUGCGACCUUCUGCACAUGGAGCCGGGGACAGUUGGAAGAACUUCAUACUGCAAACUCAAGGAAUAGCAGAAUACUUGCACCACAUGGAGACAGAGGAGGCCCAAGAAAUGGCCCAGAUGUCAGGCAGGGAGAGCCCCCCUGCCAAUGAGGCGUCUGAGGAGGCGGAGGAGCCCAUGGCUGUCCCCGAGGACCUGUCGGCCGGUUCCGCCCACCAACAGAACAACCGCGGGGACAAAGCCUGUAGUAUUAAAGUUGAGGCUCGCAGUGAUGAGGAGAAUGGGCUUGCCUGCCACAUGAAUGGCAUGGAGGAGGAGGAGGAGGAGGAGGAGGAGGAGUGCGCGGAAGACUUGCGCGUGGUCAAUGCCUCGGGAGCCAAGGUGAACGGCUCACAGCCGAGCCCUGAAGCUAAAGCUUUCUCCUCAGCUGGUGGCGUCCGGCUGCCCAACGGGAAGCUCAAGUGUGAUAUCUGUGGGAUAGUUUGCAUUGGCCCCAAUGUGUUGAUGGUGCACAAGCGAAGUCACACCGGUGAGCGUCCAUUCCAGUGCAGCCAGUGCGGCGCCUCCUUCACCCAGAAGGGAAACCUGCUGCGUCACAUCAAGCUCCAUUCAGGGGAGAAGCCCUUCAAGUGUCACCUGUGUAGCUAUGCCUGUCGCAGGAGGGAUGCCCUCACGGGACACCUGCGCACCCACUCAGUUGGGAAGCCCCACAAAUGUGCCUACUGUGGGCGAAGCUACAAGCAGCGCAGUUCCCUGGAGGAGCACAAGGAGAGGUGUCACAACUACCUCCAGUGCAUGGGACUCCAAAACAACAUCUACACAGUAAAGGAAGAAAGCAACCAGAAUGAGCAGAGGGAAGACUUAAGCCAGACGGGAUCUGAGAGAGCCUUGGUGCUAGACAGACUAGCUAAUAACGUAGCUAAACGUAAGAGCACUAUGCCACAGAAGUUUGUGGGAGACAAACGUCUGUCUGAUCUGUCUUACGAUGGAGGGACAGGCGAACUGAUUCAGCCCCACGUGAUCGACCAGGCAAUUAACAGUGCCAUAAGCUAUUUAGGAGCUGAAUCGCUCCGGCCCUUGGUCCAGACCUCCCCGGCCUCUUCCUCUGACGUCGGUCUCAGCUCCAUGUACCCCCUUCACAAGCCAGCGACAGAAAGUCACUCAGGGACAGGCCUAUCAGCCAAAGACAGUGCUGCUGAGAACCUGCUGCUGCUCUCCAACUCCAAGUCUGCCUCCAUCGAGAAGGACGGCUCGCCCAGCCACAGCGGCCAGGACUCUACCGACACCGAGAGCAACAACGAUGAGCGACCGGGCGCGGCGGCUGCUGGGCUCAUCUACCUGACAAACCACAUCACCUCGGGGGUACGAAACGGCAUGCUACCGCUGGUGAAGGAGGAGCAGCAGAGGCAGUACGAUAGCCUACGGGCCAGCAUGGAGACGUCCUCCGAGGUCUUCAAGGUGGUGACGUCGGACGGGGAGCAGGUGAGAGCAUACAGGUGCGAGCACUGUCGUGUGCUCUUCCUGGACCACGUCAUGUACACGAUUCAUAUGGGAUGCCACGGCUUCAGAGACCCAUUCGAGUGCAACCUCUGCGGCCACAGGAGCCAAGAUCGAUAUGAGUUCUCCUCUCACAUUACACGAGGAGAACAUCGUUACUGAGCCACACACACACACACACACACACACACACACACACACACGUAUCUGUAAUGAAUACAUAGAUAUACAAAUGAUAAAAUACACUCUUUGUGUCUGUAUUUUUGUUGUUGUUUUCAUACGGUGUAUGCAUGUGCGUUGAUCCCUGGUAGAUGUUACAACUGUUAAAUCGUUUCAAAUGUGAUAAAGUGUUUAAAAAAUGCACCAAAAAAGCAUCAAAGACAAAAUCUUCAAACAUGUUCUUUCUUUUGGAUUUUUUAUUGUGUUUAUUUUUUGUUUUUCUCGAUUUUAAAAAGAGAUUUUACAAACAUCUGCUCUGAAAAACCUAAAGAAUUUCACCCUGGGCUUUUUUUUUUCACGGAAAAACUGCAAACAAAUACAAUCAGCAAAAACUUUAACAAUCAGUGUAGAUAAAUCCACCACUCUGUUAUCUCUGUGUUUGUAAAAACCUGAAUAUUAUUUAUGAAGCAUUUCCACACCUGUCUGUUCUGGUAUUUAUUGCAGUGAAUGAUGUUUGUCUUAUAAGUAGUAAAACCUGCAUUUCUUUCUGUUCAUUUUUACUAAACUGGAUUCAUGACUACUGCUAAAAUGGCUUGGUUCAUAAAAUAUAAUAAAGGUAACCUCGUUAGAAGGGAGCUUUACGCUUUAAAAUGUCAAUAAAGGAUAUUUUAUAUAUGCACAUAA